GAGUUUUUUAAAGUCUCCAAAAAUGCAAGAUAGAUAAGAACGUUAGCAGAAAUGUUAAAAGGCGUACAGAUAGAUAUUCUAUUGAUAAAUCAUAUUAAAGUCAAGGAAACUACAAUUUAAAGAACGAGAUUGCUUCCAACCAUAGUCCUUGAAAACAUUAUGCAUAAAGCUACCCUAGGAAAAUGGGACUAUGCAACAAUCGCUCUCACCAUGAUCAUUUCCAUUUCUAUUGGGAUUUACUUCCGAUUUACUGGGAACAGACAGAGGACAACAACAGAAUUCCUGAUGGCAGGAAGGAACAUGGCUAAGUUACCAGUCGUUUUUUCCCUGGUAGUCACCAAAUUAUCUGCCAUAGCCAUCGUUGGAGAACCCACUGAUGUCUACCUGUAUGGGACACAGCGUUGCAUAGGGUUCUUCUUCAUCUUUGUGGGUUCCGUUGUCACAGCUUAUGUCUUCUUGCCUGUCUAUUUCGCUGUUGGUGCCUCCACAAUUUAUGAAUACUUAGAGCAUAGAUUCGGAAGAAGGACAAGAAAAGCUGUUUCCAUUUUCGGUUACAUUCAAACAUUACUCAAUAUGUCAGUUGUAAUCUACACUCCUGCGCUUGCCGUGAGUGCGGUUACAGAAAUUACUCCUGAAUCUUCCCUGGUUCUCAUCGGAGGAGUAUGCAUUUGGUUCAGUGCAUUGGGUGGUUUAAAAGCUGUGAUGUGGGCUGACGUAUUCCAAGCUGUUAUGAUGUAUGCAUGCCUUAUAGUACUUCUUUCAAAAAGCCUGUAUGAAGCUGGAGGCAUUAUGGAAGUUUAUCGAGCAGCUCACGACGGUGGGCGAAUGGAUUUUCUCAAUUUUUCAGGAGAUUUUAGAAUUCCAUACACCUUUUGGAAUUCCCUCGCAUAUGGAGUUCAAUUUGGAAUAGCACAUGCGGUGAACCAGUUCGAAAUUCAGAGACUUUUAGCCGUUAGAAGUUUGAAGGAUUCACAGUCUGCUGCUUUAUGGAGUACCGUCCCAUCUUUUGCCAUGGGUUUUCUAACAACGACUGUUGGACUCGCUUUGUAUGCAAUAUUUCAGAAUUGUGACCCAUUGAAUGAAAAGAGUGGAACAGGACUUAUCAAAGCCGAUCAGAUAGUUCCCUACUACAUCGUUAGCCGUCUAAAUAGAUUUCCAGGACUCGUGGGGUUGUGCAUUUCUGGAAUCUUAUGUGCUUCACUUAGUUCUCUGUCUUCCGCUCUAAAUUCUCUGUCGACCAUCUUCGUAGAAGAUUUCAUAAAGGCGAACUUUUCUGAACAUCCAAAGGCAUCGGCAUGGAAAUUCAAUGCUUUGGCUAAAGCAUUAGUCAUCAUACAUGGUUUAGUAAUUAUUGGGUUAGCCUUUACGACUUCUCGGUUUUCAAGUGUUCUACAAGCUGUGGUUGUUCUGGAUGGUAUGGUCUUGGGCCCUACUCUUGGCGUUUAUGUUCUUGGAGUUUUCACAGAAAGGAGCAAUGAAUUGGGUGUGCUUAUUGGUCUAUCCAUUGCCUCUCUUUUUUCUGCCUGGUUCGGAUUGGGAACCAGUCUGUUUGGGAAGACAUACGAAGGAUUACCUUUUCACAAUGAGGGCUGUAUCUCCGGACAAGGAAAUGUAACAGAUUACAGUUCUUCUUUGUGGCAUUUAAAGAGCGAAGCAACCAAUUCAACACUUUCUGUAGAUAUGAAGAAAUAUUUUCCCAUGCACGGAAUAUCUUAUAUCUGGACAUACUGCAUCGGAGCAGCUUUAACUAUAUUAAUUGGUUAUAUUGCAAGUAGAAGUCUUGAUUUUCGAAAAAAACCUGCAAAGGUUGAUCCAAAACUGCUGUGCACUCUAGUGAAGUUCCGCCACAUUCAAACACCUGUGGGCAUUGAAAUGCAUUCUCAAACCAUCAGGUAAAUCAAGUACUACACUAUGGAGAUCAAUCUAAAUCCGUAAAUCCUCUCAUUCCGCCCUGCUCAUCGGAAUGUUUACAGUGUAUAAAAACCUAUGAAGUUUCAUGAAGAUGGUAUUCAAAUGGUAUCUAUUAUUCAAAAUGGAAAAUGUUUUGAAGAAAAUUAGAACUUAUUCUAACCCAUUGA